CUGUCAUGCUGCUAGGCUGGUGGCAGCUGCUGUUGCUGGUAGCAGGCAUGUCUAGCUAGCGUACUAUCUGUGUCAGUCAUGAGGUCGUGUGUGUGUUUUGUGCUGCUGUCAGUGGGUCUAAGUCUAGGAAGCUGCUACCAGAGGACUUCCUGCAAAGUCACGCCUGAGUAUGGAUGCGUUCUUGAGACUGAGUGCCAACAUGGUGGACAGCUGUUUGACUUGGAGAACUUGUCAGGGAACUGUACAUGGCUCCUGCUGGACCCUACAGGCUCCACUCCUCUCAUGCCUACCUCUGACAUGAGACAUGUACGACCCACACCUUACCAGGUGUGGAUGUUUGGCAGUUUAUCCGUGGGGUUGAUCAGUCUGUCUGGUGUGUUUGGAGCUGUUCUGUGGCCCAUCUUCAACAGUCCCUUCUACCCACAUGUCAUGAGAGUUCUGAUUGGUCUGGCCGUCGGAUCACUGUCUUCCACCGCCAUCUUUCAGCUCAUUCCAGAGGGUUUCAGUUUAAAAGAACACGACCCAGACCACGAGUACUUAAAGGUUGCAAUGUACACUUGGUUCAGCUUCUGGGUGUUGUUCUCAGUUGAAGCUCUCACCAAAAUCUUGUUUGGGAGGAAAAAGCGUAAGAAUCCAGGUGCCACAAACACCAAUGGAAACUGCGGAUCCAUGGGCAUCAAGGAGUUUGAACUCAAUGGACUACUUAGCCCAUCCACUGGGACCAAGAGAGCAUCGAUGACCAUGACUGAGACGAGCCAGAAAGUAGCUACAGUUGCUUGGAUAAUCAUAUUUGGUGACGGACUUCACAAUUUCAUCGACGGUAUGAGUAUCGGAGCUGGCUUCACUCAAAGUAUUGGUACCGGAAUCAGCAUCAGCAUCGGAAUUGCUUGCGAGGAGUUUCCCCAUGAACUUGGUGACUUUGCCAUCCUUAUCCAGUCAGGAAUGUCACUCCAGAAGGCUCUACUAUACAACUUCCUCUCUGCUUGUACCUCCUUCAUAGGUCUGGCUCUCGGCAUCGUAUUGGGAGAGUUGGAAGGCUCUACUUACAUUUUUGCUUUUGCUGGCGGACUUUUCCUCUACGUUUCCCUGACACAUUUGAUCCCAGAGCUGCAAGACAUGUUGAAGGAAAGUCUAGCUCAAGGCCAGUGUCAGGCAUUGUUGACUUUCGUACUUCAAAACAUCGGAAUUCUCUUCGGGUCCUCGCUUCUUUAUUGCCUUACCAGAUAUAGUGACGAGAUCGCAAUAGACUACUCAGGAUAGAAUCAACAGAGAGAGAUCUAGGUUACCAUUAGGGGUGUACAACACUAGACGUCCCCAAACUAGAUAUUGCAUUAGUGUACGUACAGUGAUAAUUUUAAGUUUAGACCAGUUAUAAGUUUUAGACUAUCGACCCCAAAGGCUGUGAUGAUACUGUAUUUUAACGUUAAUUUGUAAGAGGGUAAAAGUGUUAGGGCGAAGUGUGUUUUAUCAAUGAGCUUUAUACUGAGGUAAAAACAAAAAUGGAUGGACUUACUUAACUCAUGUUGAUAGAACCAAAAAGUUUUGUUUUUGAUCGUAGGACACAUGAUUCUUGUUGUGAAAGCUUUAAGAGUAAUUUUACUUGAAAAAUCACAUCAUUAGUGAAACAUUUUUACCAUAUUUAUUUAGGAAUUUAUAUAGUUUGUUUAAGGAAGAUUUGUCAUUGAGUCCCAAAACACACUACAUUUUCAUGCUAUCUUAUUUAAUAAGAUGAAAAAGUCUUCUCCUGAAUCUUAGAUGUUACUUUAAUGAGAUGGUAAACUUUAUACUGUAUACAUAUCGAAGAAGUCUGCAGCACUCUCUGAUGUGAAUAUUUAUUAUUAUAUUUACUAAUUUUUGUUUGCUGAAAAAAUGUUUUUUUUAAAUAUUGCUCUCAAGAAGGAGGAAAGUAUUUUACAGGUUUUUGCUGUAGGAAUUAAACCAAUUUGUCUCGACAUUUUGUAAACAAAUGUUUCAAUGUUUGGGAUUAUGGAGAAAUUACUAAGAUUACAUUUCCGUUUCUAAGUAUCAUAUUAUAAUAUUGAAUUUUUCAGUUUUUAAACUUAAAGAAUAUAAAAGACAUUUGAAAUUAAUUAACCCAUAUUUUUAUUUGAAAAUAUAUCAUAAUAGGCACAUGCAGGUAAAGUGGGAGGUGUUAAUUUUAAUCAUUUAUGAUCAUUUUUAAAAUUACAAAUACAAAUCAUUACCACAGUAAUAAAAAUGGGUGUAUCAUAUUUCAUCACUACUAAAUUGUACCUUCACUUGUAAAUAUUUUAGUUAGUCAAUUCUAUUUAAGUACUUUUAUUAUUAAACAUAUAAACCAUC